CUAAUAUGGCGGCUAUUCAGCUUUAUAGUUUCGUGACAUCGCCCUUUAUCUUAACAUUUUUUUGAGCAAGAUAGAAAACUUUGGUCACCGUGUGACGAAAAAAACAAUGUCUUAAAUGGAUUCGUUGAUGUUUGAAAAAUAAGCCAAUUAACAAAAUGUCAACUAGAUCGCAACUUACGAAAGAUUUAAAUGAAUCGGUGAAAGCAUUAUUAGGUAAGCAUGUGAAAAUAUUAUUAAAGAAUGUUGUAAAAUUGGAAACAAAACAAGAUAAACAGGAAAAUCGUGUUCUGGUUUUUUCACCAUGCCGUUUGUUUCUCUUAACGGCCAAAGUGCCCACAAGAAUCGACUGCCAUUUUCAUUAUUUAGAAAUAACAUCUAUAGAAUCGAAAAGAGCAAACCAAUUAUCUUUAAGUGUUGGGGAAAGAUAUUACAAUUUUACUACUACUGGAGCAGGUGCAGAUACUACAGAAGUAGAUGCAAUGAUUGAGGCCUUACAUACUGCAAUUCGAAAUAUCUUUCCCACUGUACCAUUGAAUUAUAUUAUAAGAAAAAUAGAAGUAAUACCAGCUAGCAGACUGCAGAGUAUAAGAGGUAGUGAAUUAGCUAGAAGUACAGAAGCAACAAGACAUACUGGACCUUGUGGGGGGUUUUCAACCCAAUAUGCAUGUAUGUGUGAUUUACAUGGUGUACCAUAUAGAGAAGAAGUAGCCUGGGAUGUUGAUACAAUAUACCUCUCUCAUGAUACAAGAGAGCUAAAUUUAAGAGAUUUUGAUCAUUUGGAUCAAAAAGAUCUGGUGCCAAUCAUUUCUGCCUUGGAAUAUAAUACUUGGUUUACAAAAUUAAGGGCAUCUCAUCUUAAACUAAGUCACGAGCCUUUGGAGAGAUUGUUACAUGUUAUGCGUAGAUCCCUUUCCAUUCAGGAACUUUAUCUAGAUAAUCUUGGAAUAAAAUGGGACUUCGCGCACAAAUUAUCGUUAGCUCUAAUUUCUAAUGCUAAUACAAUGUUACAGACUAUUGAUCUAUCAUAUAAUACCAUUGAAGAUAAAGGAGCCUCUAGCUUGUGUGGGAUAAUAGCCAAAUUGCAAGGAGGUGCACAUUUAAGCGGACCUAUUGGAAAAUUACCCAAAGGUUUACAAAAAUUAAAUUUGGCACAUUGUGGACUAACUGGAAAAGGAAUAAGUCAAAUUGCACAUGCACUAAGUUUAAAUAGAAGCAUGCCAACUAGUUUGCAAUAUUUAAAUCUUUCAGAAAACUCUUUAAAAGAUGAUAUCAAUAAUUUAUGUAAUUUUUUGGCACAACCUAAUAGUCUAACUCAUUUAGAUCUAAGUGGUACAGAUACAACAUUAGAAUGUCUGUUUGGUGCUUUACUACGGGGUUGUGCAACUAAUCUAGUCCAUUUAAAUGUUGCUCGUAACUCCUUUUCAAGUAAAAAGACCAAAGAAAUACCUCCCAGCUUUAAACAGUUCUUUACUGCUACGCUCUCAUUAAAGUACUUAAAUAUAUCUUGUUGUAAAUUGCCGCUAGAGGCAUUGAAACAUUUGUUACUUGGUUUGGCAUGCAAUGAAAGUACAGUUGGUUUAGAACUUGAUAUGAGUGGAAACAAUUUGGGCUCUAUGGGUGCUCAUGUAUUAGAAUCAUGCAUUCAUGGCGUACGUUGCAUAGCAUCAUUGGAUAUAUCAGAUAGUAAUAUGGAUGUUGAUUUAGCACAAGUAAUAACUGCUAUAGGAAAAAACAAGUCGAUCAAACAAUUAUAUAUGGGUCGCAACACUGUUAGUAUGAAAAGCAAACAUAUUGCUGUUGUAAUGGAUGCCCUUGUGCAAAUGCUUCAAGAAGAUGAUUGCGUUUUGCAAGCAUUACAUUUACCAGAUUCUCGACUAAAAUCUGAUCUCUAUAAUCUUAUCAAUGCCCUUGGUAGUAACACAUGUCUUCAUACUUUAGAUAUUAGUGGUAAUCAGAUUGGAGAUCCUGGUGCCAGAUUAUUAGCAAAGGCAUUACAAAUUAAUAAUCAUUUGAGAACUAUUAUUUAUGAUAAAAAUAAUAUUACUCUUCAGGGUUAUGCUGAUAUUGUUCACGCUUUAGAAAAGAAUUGUAGUGUAAGACAUAUGCCAUUUCCAAUUUAUGAUUUGCAACCUUGUAUGAAAACUUCAGCUGAAAAAACGGAACAAUUAGCUAAAAAAAUCCAGGACUUGUUACAAAGAAACGUUACUCCUUGUAAAUAUAGUCAUGGACAAGCAUUUAGAUUGCAACAAGGAUUUUUGUUAAGCUCCACACAACAAAUGGUUGAUAGAUUGGUUGUACAGACGCAAGACACUAUUAAAGCUAUUGCUGCGGAAAGCUGUGAUGCUAAUAAUGACAUUAAUUAUGCAACUGGACUCAUACAAGAUGCAGAUAAUUCAAAACAGCUUUUACCAAGAUUACACGAAGUUCUUCAACGACGAGAUGAAAAUAAUCCAAUAGAAUUAAAAUUACACGAAAUGGCAAAUGAAUUGCAUAAAGUUGUAACCAUAUAUUUACAGGAUUCCUUAGAUGCUAUGAUAAAGUGUGCAAAUGAACAGUGUCCUACGAUACUUUCUCAAACGGUAAUUAGAGGCGAUGAAAGUGAAUCAGUUGCAGUAGAAGAUGAUCUACGAAGUAGUUGCAAAGAAAAAAAUCAAAUUAGUAGUGAAUUCAUACAUACCACUAUCACAGAACAAGCUGGGGCGGAUAUAGUCAAUAGAGUCAAUGAAUUAAAUUUGGCAGUUGCUGCACAUGUAUCCGACAGAAUAACAGAUGAAGUAAUUGAAUCAUUGUCAAGAAGCUAUAAAAACUUAAUUGGUGACUGUGAUAGUAGAACAAGAAGCAGUACGCCUGAUGUGUUGCGGCCUAGUGCUGGUUCAAUGAGUAGUGGAAGUGUUAUAGGAGUUACAAGUACUGUAGGUGUAUCUACAGCAUUACCAAUUGGUAGAACCAGUAUUGCCUCGGAAGAAGAUUGUCCACCAGAAACUUAUUCACUUGUGAAUUCUAUCGGUCAAUGUUCCAGUGAUCAAUCUCCAAUGAAAUUGGAUUAUUUAAAUCUUGCUACGCCACAUUUAUCAAAUAAACGAAAAAGUUUACAUGGAAGAAAAUUGCGGCCGAAAUCUGUAGUCGAUUCUGUGGAAGGUCUUUCAGCUGAUGACAUUCCAGAUCUGUUACCAUCCUUACCAAAAAGUCAAGCAGAAGCUAUUUCAGAGACAGAACAUUCUUUAACAGAAUCACUAGAUUCUGUUUCUGAAUUACCCAAUACUGUAGGACAGCAACUGCAACAUUUAGUAAAAUCUAGACCACGUAGAACAAAAACUAGAGCACCUACAAGACCAAUGCUGAGACCAGAUCAACCAGUGGAUGGUCUUGCUCUUGGAGAAGGCCUCGAUGUAUUUUUCAGACCAACUACACCAACAACACCUCUUAUAUCCCCCACAAGUGAUGACAGCUCUUUGCAUACUUUUCCAACGGAUGGUAGCCCAAAUUUAUCUCUUACGAGUCAUAAAAGUAUUCCACCUGAGAUGGAUAAAAAACCUGGCUGUAGCUCUCCAAUGUUAAAAACACUUCUUGAGCCUGCCCCGCGAUCACGAUCUAGCGAUAAUUUAGAAAAAUUUUCUCCUCUUGUUGGCAGAAGAUCUCAAGGUGAUUCGCCGUUAACUGCAUCUCCGUUAACUCGGCGAAAUACAACAGACAAUGCACAAAAUCAUGAAAGAAUUCUUACAAAAUCUGAUAGCAACAAAGAUACAAGUAAUAAUGUAUGUAAUAAUUGUGUCGGUAAUACCGCUGAUACAUCUAAACGUAGUACAUUACCCAUUAUUGGUUCUGGUACAAGUACACGCAGUUUACGAGAUUCGGAUGAAAAUAGUAAGGUAUUACAACAAACAACUGCUACAAAUUCCUCGGAUAAAGAUGCAACGGCUGUUCCUAAAGAUUACGAAACCAGGAAAAGUUUAACAAAAAAAUCUGCGGUAGAUACAGAUAAGACUGCAAAUCAACCUUUACCUUCUCUUAAAUUAAGAUCGACAGGUUUUGAUCUUCGUAGCCCAACAAAUGGUAGCAGUACAAAAAAUAAUUCGGAAGCAUCGAAAUCUCCAGUGUUAAGGUCUUUAACCAAGGGAAAUAGUUCACUUACAGAUGGAAAAAGCAAUGGUGCUCUUUCCAAGACUAAACCAGUUCCGCCUAUAACAGCUCCUAAACCAAGACCCUGGAGUAUGGCUACUGAUAGAAAAUCUGGAGAAUUUAAUUUAUUAAGCGAUGGUUCUAGUCCAAAUACUUCAGCUGGAAAUACACCUGAUUCUGGAGAUGCACUAGAUGAAUCAACGGAUAGCGGUGUAAGUGGUCCUGCUUCAUUACCGCCGACGUUAUCAGCAAGUAGUACUGCUAGUUCUUUAAGCAAUGCCAGUGUAGAGAAAAGGUCAGUGAGGGAAUUGGCAGCUAGUUUAAACAAAAGUAAAACUGAAAGGAAAGAGAAUGAGCAUACCGCACCUGCAGCAUGGAGGUCGGUGCUUCAACGUUCUAUCAACCAACCAGAUGUCAAGGUAACGGAAGUGCCGAAAACGGUUGAAGAAAAUCGUAUAAGUUUUAAGCUUCGACGUACUUCAUUUUUACGAGACUCAAAUUUCAAUUACAAUAAUGACGUAGUUGAUGUUUGAUCGUGACUUAAUACAGUAAUAAUUUACAAAUUAAUGUCAAUGACUGGAUACUUAUUAAGAUAUCUUUCAUCAAAGUAUUUUAUAUUGGGCACAAAAAUCUACGAUGUAUCACGUUUGUACUUGUGCCAUAUGAAGUCAAAUGCGAAAGCAAGUGUGCUAACUUAAUAUUUAGGGACAGGGUACUGGGGUCUCUAUAGAAAGUACCAAUUUAUUAUUAAGGUGGCAUUAAAAAUUUUAUAGUUUUUUAUAGAACUGUAAUUUGAAUGCAGUUUAUCUUAAUUUAGAAGUAAGUAUUUGUAUUUAAUGUACUAAAAUCAUUCAAUAUUUUCAAUGCAAUAAGUUAAAAUACUUACUUCCACGAAGAACAUACUAAAUGCUUCUACAUUCCUCCAGAUUUUUAAAAAGAAAUCAGUUUGAUAUUGUCAAUGAUAUUAUUUGGAAGAUGAGCCAUGUUAUGUUUGUUUUAACAUUUAAAUAUUUAUAUAUUGUUUGUCUGUAUAUUUAAACUGAUAGACUUUAAUAUAGAUCAUAAAUUACAUGAUUUUAAUUAUUUUAAGUGUAUAACCACUGAUUUGUUACCAAAAAAUAAGCACAAUAUAUUCUUAUCGACAUAAAACAAUAUUUCUUCCUAUUAUUUAAUCAAUGUCGCGUUGUCUUCCGAAAUCAGUUUUUGUAAUUUUAUAAUAGAUAUUUUGAUUUGUUUCUUAUGCAACCAGUUAUAACAAAACUGUGAUCAUUAAAAAAAACGGUUCUAUUUAGGUCAAGUCAAUAAUUGUUUACAAUAUUUUAUAAUUGUUUCCAUACAGCUUGUAUUAAGUUAUGUUACUUUUUAUUUAACAUUCCUUAAAUACAAUCGGAAUUGAUAAGUGCACAAAGCAAGAUUCAAGAACCAUAAAAUGUAUGAAGUGUGCCAUAUAACAUAACAUAAAAUAAUAAAUGCUUUGUUUUCCACAUAAUAAGGACAAAAUUAAAAGAUUUUUAUAUAAAAGAUAUGAUAUUGUCCAUGACUAUCAUUGAUUUAUAAAAAUUUAGUAACGAAAUAUAUAAACAUUAUGUAAUGCAUAUAUAAUAUAUAUAUGAUGUGCGUAAAUGGAAAAAAAGAAAAUAAACUAAACUAUCAACUAAAUUAAUUAGAAAAAAGAUAUUGCAGACUAUUAUUAUAUUUCAAGAAUUCUUUUGCGAUAUUUGUAAGUUGUAUUCGCUUUUUUAUACCUUGUUGAAGAUAUAUUGUGAUUAAGAAUAAUUUAGUAAAAUCUUUCUGCUAUAUGCGUCCUCUUAUAAAGGAACAGCUUUUUUACAAACAAUUUUUUUGUAUGAUGUAAAAAUGUAUCGCAAAAUACGAACACCUAACAUAAAAUUCAAUUUACAUAAAUAUAUUAAAAGCUAGUUUUUGAAUAGCAAAAGACUUCUGUACAUAUAUAUGUAAAAAAGUUACAUAUAGGUAAAUUAACCAUAACUAUAGUUACAGUUCUUAUAGAUAAAUAAAUAUUUGAAUAUCUAUUUGAUAUUGGGUUUAUGUAUUAAUAACUGUGACUAAUGAAAUAUGUAAGUCCUUUUGGAUACAGGUAUAUAUUUAACAACAUACAUUAUAUAACAAUAUUAGAUGUUCAACUGGAAAUAUUCUUUUUCAGGCAUAAUUAAAUCAAUUGUGAAAUGUUGUAUUCUAACAAACACAUUCUACUUUAAUAUUCGCAUUUAAAAUCAUAUAUAUGAUAUAGAUUGGAUAUAAAAUUUUUAAAUCAUUUAAUUAAAAACUUUUUCUAUCAGGUGAUUAUUUACUCUAAAUCUUGCUACAUGUAAAUUAAAUUCAUGAAGUAUUUGUCAAAUCAUACAUUUCCUCAAAUCAAUGUAAAAGAUUUUCAAAUAAUAUAAAACAAAUCAGUAUCAUAAAAGGUAGCUAAUCAUAAUGUUACUUAAUAAUUCUUUUCACUGUCAAUAAUGUUCACUAAUAAAAUUGUAAUUUAGUUAUUUCCAUAAUAAAAUAGUAUUUGUAAACAUGUAUGUACUUGUACUUUUGCAUAAGUGCAUACAAUUAAUUUGUAUACAUAUUACAUUGCAGGUGAUUUUUUGUAUAAAGAUACAGAUAAAUUAAUUAUGUACUUAUGUGCAAAAAAUAUUACAUUGGACUCUACAAAUGUAACGUAAGAGUUAAAAUUUAAACAACUGUGCCAAAAAGGGAAUUAUAUUGUAUGUAUGAUUAACAAAAUUUGUUUAAUUUCUAAAAUCUUUAUCUCUUCCUUAGAAAUUAAAAAACAAAUAUAAUUUUUCUAUAUCAUAUUAAUUAUUACUUUACAUGUUAAAAAAGAUCACCUGUAAUAAACCAUCUUUUAAUGUGUAAAUAUAUUAAAUACAAUUACUAUAUAUAUUAUAUACUAAUGAGUGAGUGAUAUAAUAUUUACUCUAUCGCACAAUCACAUGAUGCGUGCGGAGAAAAUCAGACGACAUAUACACACAUUCUUUCUUCAUUACAUUCCUGUAUUUACAUUUACACGUGUAUACAUAUGUUGCGAUGAAGCACGUUUCAAAAUCUGCUAUUAAUUUUAUUAUAUAUGUAUUAUUACUCAAUAAAUAUCAGUAUUUGCAGGUUUCGAUACGUUGCUUAUUAAUCAUGCAAUAUAAUUUACUAAUAAAUAAAGACUCCUAUUACAUAUGCAACAUUAA